AUGGCACCAGUGCCUGCGUCAAUUCUGCGUGCUCUCUCCCUCCCGGAUGCCUCCAUGGCCAGCCUGUCAACCGCAAACCUAGGCUCCGGCUUCACCAGCACGGGGGUGAUUCGAGCCACCGUCCCCACCGCCGACGGGACAGGCAAGGAAGAGCGACAGUACUUCGUCAAGACGUCCGCGGACGGCCAGGCCGCAGAGGAGAUGUUCCGCGGCGAGUACGAGUCUCUCAAUGCCAUCGCCGACUCGGUCCCGGGGUUCUGUCCUCGAGCACUAGCCUGGGGACCGCUGGACGCGCAAGACAGCAAGGGAAAGGGCAAGAGUUUCUUUCUCGCGACCGAGUUUCUUGAAUUAGGUGCUGGCGCUGGCGGCCGGCGGACAGGCGAGUCCCUCGCACAGCGGCUGGGCAAGUUACACUCUACGCCUGCGCCCGUGGACCCCGAGACGGGCAGGCGGCGGUUUGGGUUCCCUGUAGCGACGUUCUGCGGGGACACGAAGCAGCCGAAUCGAUGGCGGGAUUCGUGGGCGGAGUUCUACGCGCAGGAGCGGCUGCUGACGGUGCUGGAGACGUCGGAGAAGCGGAAUGGGAAGGAUGCAGGGUUGCGGGAGAUGGUGGAGCGGACGGUGCACAGCGUGGUGCCGGCGCUGCUGGGGGAUGGACAUCUGGGCUAUGAUCGGGAGGGGAACGGGGAGGGGAUCACGCCGGUGGUGGUGCAUGGGGAUCUGUGGAGUGGGAAUGCGGACCGGGGGCGGAUUGUGGGCAGUGGGCGCAAGGAGGACGAGGAGGUGGGCGAAGUGGUGUAUGAUCCAUCAGCGUGCUAUGCGCACAGCGAGUAUGAGCUGGGGAUCAUGAAGAUGUUCGGAGGGUUUGGGUCGGCGUUUUUCGAGGCCUAUCAUCGCAUCGUGCCCAAGACCGAGCCGGUGGAGGAGUAUGAGAACCGCGUGAGGUUGUACGAACUGUAUCAUCACCUGAAUCAUCAUGCCAUUUUUGGGGCUGGAUAUCGAUCGGGUGCUGUAUCGAUUAUGGAGAAGCUGCUUAAGAAAUACGGCGAUUAG